UCCACAUUUUCAUUCGCUCCAACAUCACUUCUCCAACAUGUCAAGCGACGCCGUUUGGUUCCUUCUCCUCCUCGCUCUCUCCAAGUAUCUUCCUCCGGCCAGGGCCAACUCGCUCAUCCUCUACCCGGGUCAACUCGCACGUGACUCGCCCGCCAGUUGCCCUGCUCCCGACCCCAACCUCUACUACCAGCCGGUCAUCGGAAUCGUCAGCCACCCCGGCGACGGCGCCUCCGGCCGCCUCAGCAACGCCACCGGCGCCUCCUACAUCGCCGCCUCCUACGUCAAGCUGGUGGAGGCCGCCGGCGCCCGAGUUGUUCCCCUCAUCUAUAACGAGCCGCCGGAGACGCUUCUCAAGAAGCUCGAGUUGGUAAAUGGGGUUCUCUUCACUGGUGGAUGGGCUAAAACUGGUUAUUAUUUUCAAACUGUUACCAAAAUAUUUAAGAAAGUUUUAGAGAAAAAUGACGCCGGAGAUCAUUUCCCAUUAUAUGCCAUCUGCUUAGGUUUUGAACUCAUACUGAAGAUUGUAAGCCAGGACAAUAAUAUUCUUGAAGAGUUUAGUGCACCAAAUCAGGCAAGUACUCUUCAAUUUGUGGAGAAUGCAAAAAUCGAAGGAACCGUCUUUCAAAGAUUUCCUCCAGAGUUGUUAAAGAAGUUGAGUAUAGAGUGUCUUGUCAUGCAAAAUCAUCGUUAUGGCAUAUCCCCCGGAAAGCUUCUUAAUAACGAGAAGUUAUCUAGCUUUUUCGAGAUCUUGACAACUUGCACGGAUGAAUAUGAUAAGGUUUAUGUUUCCACUGUACGUUCACGAAACUAUCCCGUGACUGGCUUCCAGUGGCAUCCAGAGAAAAACGCCUUUGAAUGGGGUCCACCAGCAAUUCCACACACGGAUGAUGCCAUUUUGAUAACUCAGCUUGUUGCAAAUUAUUUGGUCAGUGAAGCUAGGAAAUCCUUGAACAGACCUGUUGUUCAAGAAUUGCUAGACAAUCUCAUUUACAAUUACAGUCCUACUUAUUGUGGGAAAGCUGGGAGAGGAUUUGAUGAAGUUUAUAUAUUUGCACCGGCCUAAAUUCUGGAGAAUUCAACCAAUAAUGGUAUAUAAGAAAAGAAAAAAAAAAAAGAUAAAAUGCAUUGAGCUUUUCCACAAACUAAAAUCAAUUUAUGCUCCUUAGUUUUUGGAGAAGUUAAAUCAAAAAGCAUUUAUAAAAAAUAAGUGUAUUGAUUAUAGUUUACAUAAGAAACUUAAUUUAUUUUGUCUUAUUUCUUCUUUUAUAAAUGUUUAUGCAACAUAAUAAUUAUGUUGUUUGCACAGUUGCACACGAGUAAAUAUCAAUAUUGUUAUGCACACUAACAACAUUUAGAUGCCUUAACAUUUUACCAAAAGUUAUGCUCUCUUAUGCAUUGUAUCAUGUUA